UUUGACAGCAGGUCCGGCACUCCUCCAGAGGUAGUCACCCACAGCGGAUCCAGCUCCAGGUUCAGUGGAAGUAACCAAACCCACGGGGAAAAACACAGCCAACAUGCCGGUGGAUCUGAACGGAUAUUGGAAAAUGAUUUCCAAUGAUAACUUCGAGGAGUAUCUGAAGGCCCUGGAUGUAAACGUUGCCAUCAGGAAAAUCGCCACUUUACUGAAGCCCGACAAGGACAUCGCCCACGAUGGAGACCACAUAAUCAUCAAGACCCUCAGCACCUUCAAAAACUACAACAUGGACUUCUAUGUGGGCAAAGAGUUUGAGGAGGACCUGUCUGGAGUGGAUGACAGGAAAUGCAUGACUACCAUUACAUGGGAAGGAGACAAGCUGGUGUGUGUGCAGAAGGGAGAGAUUGAAGGCAGAGGAUGGACCCACUGGGUGGAAGGAGAUGAGCUUCAUCUGGAGCUGAGAGCAGGAGGUGUUGUUGCCAAGCAGGUUUUCAAGAAGACCUAAAGAGGCUUUUAUUGAGCCUGACAGUGUCCCUGGAUGACAUUGGCUCACAGAAACACACCAAACACACCUCAUGCCUCUGAGAUGCUCUCUUCUGUCAAUCUAUACAUCACUCCAUGAGUCCACGUACCAAUAUUUUAGGUGUUAUUUGCCUCUAAAAACUAGACAUGUUUAAAAUUCGUAAGGACAGAUGCCUUAUUCUGAUAAAGCCAAAUUAUAUCCAUUACAGAUGGGGUGGGGCGGUGUGUAUAAUAAAAAAGCCCAUAAUGCAGGAUUUUAUUUUUGUCUCAGGGUGGGUGUUCCUUAGAUUUACAUGUUUAGAUGUGGUGGAUGCAUGUACUGCUAGGUGUAGCUGAUCUGAUGAGUCACAGAUAGACAGUAGCAGCAGUGGGAGACCAAUGGACUCAGUAAAGAGAAGAGAAAAAGUAAGUAAUUGGAACAUCUGAGUUUAGUGAAGGACUACAAAUGUCUGUUACUCAAGUCCACAGAAUGGAUCUAACGUGUAUGUGUACGUAGACAUACAUAUAUGUAACUCCCACUUCCUUUGGGUUUGUGCCACUCAAAGAAAAUGCAUCAAUCAAUAAAUGAAACAGUGCUCAACAA